AUGGCCCGCAACGGGUCCAAGGGUCCGAAGGGCAAACUACGUUCACAGUCGCCGAGCGGCAAGCGCAAGAACGAUUACUUGGUUUGUCCUCAGUGCCCUCCUGGCGCCAGUUGGAUCUGGAAGUCACAAACACUCAAGCCAGGACGUGAGAAAUGUAACAAAUGCGGCAUCUUCGACUGGACUUCUCUCCUUCGACCAGGUCCUGUGGUGCGCUUCCAGCUCGACACUGCCACGUCGGACCCCGCCGUCGCCGCCACCAUGCAGAAGGCAGUGGAGGCCCUCAAAGAGAAAGGAGACGAAGAUGGAGCUCGGAUCUUGGCUGAGAAGUUCCCCAAGGCACCAGAGCCCAGCCCGCCGCCAGCCAAGCCCACGGCCAAGCUGCUCGAGGAUUCAGCAGCUACCCUGCGCCGACUCCAUGGACAGCAAGAGCGCCUCAAGUCCCAGCUUCAGAGAGCCGCGGCCUGGCAAGACGAGUUGGUCGAAAAGCUCACCAGCAACAUCGACGAGGCCCAGCAAGUCUCAGCAGAGGUGGAACGGCUUUCAGCUCUUCUUCGGGGCAGUCGGUCAGAAGCUCCAUCUCAUACUCAAGUCGCAGAGGAUGGCGAAGAUGAGUUCCCCGCGCUGGAAGAAAGCGAUCUGGCUUUCCUCAGCCCCGAGGAGCGGGCCGCCUAUGACCAAGCGAAGGCAGUGCACGAACAGGCCAAGCAGGCCACGGAGAGCCACCGCCGCACAGGAGAGCAGGCUCGUGACGCCGUCGCUACCGCCAAGAAGCAUCGAGAGACCAUCACUGUCAAGAAACGCAAAGCACACGAAGGUGACCACCGCGGCGCCCCUGCGGCCACGGAUGCCGUUCAGAAAGGCGCAGAUACCGCCCCGACUGCCAACGAAUACGACUUCACGGACGCUGAGGAAGUAAAGCGCUUCAUUGAUGAGAAGACCCGUAUUCGAGCAGCUCAGGCAGAAGCGGGGGACUGCAGUGCUCCUAGCCCAAGCUUCCAGCGCCUCUCGCAGAAAGACCUGCGCAUCUUCUAUGCAAACAUCAGCAACUUCUCCUACGCCGUCCGCGAGUUCUGCAGGGACGCGCCAUGCGACUUCAUGGGGUUUGUGGAAACCCACCUGUAUGGCAAGCAGUUAGAGGACGAGCAGCGACACCUCAGAGGCAUGGGUUGGCGCUCUGAGUAUACGACAUCACCAGCCACGCCGGCGUCAGGGAAGGGCAGCUCUGGGGGGGCUCUCUGGGCGCGGGCGAGGCAAUUCAAUACCUUUCCGCAUCUCACCACUGUGGGUGGCGACGACCUCCUGGGCCAGCAGCUCCACGGUGCGGCGGUCACCAUGGUCCGCCUCAGACACGUCACUGUCGCCCUCAUCACAGUCUACCUCGCCUCGGAUCCCAAGGGGCUGGACCUACCAGCCAACAUCUCCAAGCUCAACCAGUUGCUGACACUCGUGCGCACGCUGGGCACGCCGCGGAUGGUCUACGGCGAUUUCAACAGUACACCAAAGCAGUUCAAGGCCUCGCGCUGGCACGAGGCAUUCGCAGCCGAGUAUCUCCAGCCAGACUGCGAUUUCACUUGUGCAGGAAGCUCAGGGCGUAUGAUAGAUUGGGGUCUAUGUUCGCCAACCUUCCUGCCGCUCGCCAAGUCCGCCGAGCCAGUGUACCAGGUGCCGUGGCAACCGCACGUGGGCAUCGAUAUCCGAAUGCAUUCGGGACCAGCAGCAGUUAUUUGCACCAGGACCCUGCUGCCAGCCCCCAUCGAGAUCCCAGAUCACGUGAUCCAGAUCGAGAAAGGGUUCAAGAGGAAACAUAAUGAUCGUCACCCCCACGCGCAGCUAUACCAUACUGAAGAUGGAGACCCCAUUGGCCACGGCACCGACGUCCACAGCCACCUGCUGCAGGACCACUACGUCAAGAAUGUGCCGUACAUCGUGGAUACUGACGCCUGGGAAUACCACAAGACCCAGGUUCAGGACAUCCCCAUCUUGGACGCCAGCUCCGAAUCGCAGCAGCGCACAGCCUACGCACUCGAUCCAGCUGCAGCUUGCGACCCCGCCGAGUCGUAUGGAAGAUGGGCUAUGGCCGCGGAGGCCUCUUUGCUCAGCCUAUCGGACGAGAUACCGAUCAGCGAUGAGCGACGCAGAGGACAACCGCUACGUUAUCGGCUUGGGCAGAUGAUACGCCAGCCCGACCCCUUGCACAUCCAAGCAGGCACCAAGCAAAUGGAUACCAACGCUUGGAUCAGCCUCACCAGCCAGCUCCAAGUCUUUUUCAAGCAGUGCGAACGGAACCACUCAAACAAAGACACAAACUUUGACAACAUCAGGCCCAAGACGGUGGACCAACGUGACCAACAAAUUGCUGAUGCUGUACUGGAAGACCCUAUAGCGCGCCUGGUUGCCCGUACGCCGUCAUACCAGUGCUACCCGUGGGCGGAAGUCCCAUUUAGAAGCCAGCUACACUUUCCUGGUCACGAUACACCGACCGCUCGGCCGUACACUACUCACGCUGAACCUCGCUCCAUCCCCGUGACCACCACCAUGGGCGACGCAGAGGCCGACCCCUUCGACGCGGUCAACUGCUACGACGACGGCCUCGACUACCUGGAGCUGCUGCAGCGCGAGCCUGAGAACCCAGGAGUGGCGCCCAGUGGCGAACCUGUGGCGAACAAUACCUCCAGCGAGAGUGACAGCGAGAACGAGCAGGAACCCACCAUCGUUGGAGAAGCAGAGCUGUUCAGCCACCUACACCAGGAAUCGGCCACUGGUAGUGACGCGGGGGCGACACUG